AUGGAGGAACUUUGUUACGGCUUCGAGCUGGAGGAAUCCAUACCUGAAUUUCUCUUGUGGGACCAGGUGGACCCCAGUGCUCAGCUGGACAACCUUCUCCUGGACUGCUCCUCCUUGGCCGCCCCGCCGUCCCCUUGGCCGGUGGCCGCCGCCCCGCAGGCGGGGGGUGCUGAAGUGGACAGCUCCUCCCCGCCCCCGCCGCCCCAGCGCCACGCGGCCAACGUCCGCGAGAGGAAGAGGAUGCUCAACAUCAACUCAGCCUUCGACCAGCUCCGGUGCCGCGUACCCACCUUCCCGUACGAGAAACGCCUCUCCAAGAUCGACACGCUCCGGUUGGCCAUUGCCUACAUCGCGCUCCUUGGUGACAUCCUUCUUUCCGGGUCCGAUCCCAAAUCCUACGUGGAGCAAUGCCUGAAGAACGGUUUGCAAAGUCAACAUCAGGCAACCUGGAAUACAAGUGAUCUGACAGCCCGUCUGUCUUGGGUAAAGUGGGAUUAA